AUGCGUCCUGAACACACAGCCCCGCCAGAAGUGUUUUAUAACACCGAUGAAGCGAAAAAAUAUUCUCGAAAUACGCGAAUCAUGGAGAUCCAAGCCACCAUGUCCGAGCGUGCGAUUGAAAUGCUCUGCCUUCCAGAAGAUCAGCCCUCCUUUAUUCUAGACAUUGGUUGUGGCUCUGGACUGUCUGGGGAAUGCCUGAGCGAGCAAGGACACCACUGGGUUGGGAUGGAUAUAUCUGAGGCAAUGCUUGAUGUAGCCGUCAGCGAACGGGAAACAGAUGGCGACGUUCAACUGGCUGAUAUGGGUCAAGGAAUUCACUACCGAGCUGGUGUUUUCGACGGCGCGAUUUCAAUUUCGGCAGUUCAGUGGCUUUGCAAUGCGGACAAGAAAGGCCACUCGCCCCCUAAGCGACUCUACCAGUUCUUCAAAACGCUCUAUUCGUCGCUCAGGCACGGUGCCCGAGCGGUACUUCAGCUUUAUCCAGAGACACCUGAUCAAAUGGAACUGAUAAUGUAUCAAGCAACGCGCGCUGGAUUCUCUGGCGGUGUGGUGGUUGAUUAUCCCAACUCCGCUAAAGCAAAAAAAUACUACCUUUGUCUCUUCGCCGGAAUUCAACAGGGGCAAGCUCAAGUCCCUGCAGGGCUGACUGACGAAAUGGAUACCGCCACGAAUACCGAUAGAAUGCGAACGAAAGACUUUCGCAGUGCAGGCGGAGUCAAGAACGCUACAAGGAAGCAGAAAGUAAUUGCCAGAAAAGAACGACAUUUGCGAAAAGGAAAGACGACUAAACACAGUGAAAAUACCAAGUAUACGGGAAGACAAAGAAGGCCUAAGUUUUGA